CCUCGCCUUGUUCGCCUCCAGUCCCGGCUGUAGCUGCGACUGUGUGCGUGUGUUUGUGUGUGUGUGUACUGUAUGUAUGUGUGUGCACGCCACGGCGUGUGGAUGAGGAGCAGAGGGAACAAACAGGAGCGACUAAAAACACUCACACUACACCUUCUUCUGCCUGUGGCUGCAUGUGUGUGAACCAGGCCGCUGCAGACUUUUUACACGGACUUGACAGAGCGCGGAGUUCCAUUCUUCAGCGGCACCGGGGCGCAUCACGUCUCCUUGAAGUGAUCCCGAUUUUAUGCAGUCUGUCCGCGUCGCUCCCGUCGGAAGGAGCCCGAGUGCACGCACGAGAGGGGAAGAGGAGGAGGAGUGGGGCAGGUAACGAUCAGUACUUUUGAACAUGGAGCUAUUGGUCCGGUCUCGGACGCUCUAUAGGCUUGAAGAAGAACAGAGACCCGCCACAGGAAAGCUCUCCGUCUGUGCGCUUUGAGGAAAGUGGAACAUGCAGCCGAGCCCCAGCCUUCUUUGUGCGACCCGCUGCUUAGUUUCUGGGGGCCUCUUCUGAAAAAAAGGAGAGGAGAGCAGAGCAAAGGAGAGAGGAGAGGAGAGGAGAGGAGAGGACAGGACAAGAGAGGACAGGAGAGGAGCGGGGGCUCCCGGUGUUGAUCUAAAAUUCACACUCUCAAGCCGGCAUCCAUAUUCUGGCACGGCGCACCACUAUGCGAAGAUGACUGGUGAUGCUUUUCCAAGAACUGCCGAUCGGUGACAUUGCUCCAGCUUUCUGCUCUCCCCCCUGCAACUCAUUGAACAACUAUUAUUAGCCAUCAGGCUCCUGGAUUGUUUACACACACUGCACAAUGGCCUCUGCACUGAGGAGGUGUCCUGUGUUCCACUGCAUCUUGCUCCUUCUUGUUUGCUUUCAUUGUUCACAAGGGUUCAGCCGUGCAGCCUUGCCUUUCGGGCUGGUCAGGAGAGAGCUCUCAUGCGAAGGAUAUGCAAUUGAUCUCCGCUGCCCGGGGAGUGAUGUCAUUAUGAUCGAGACGGCCAACUAUGGCCGCACUGACGACAAGAUCUGCGACGCCGACCCAUUUCAGAUGGAGAACGUCAACUGCUACCUGCCCGACGCCUACAAGAUCAUCUCACAAAGGUGCAACAACCGUACGCAGUGUGUGGUUGUCACUGGCUCUGAUGUCUUUCCUGAUCCAUGCCCUGGCACCUACAAGUACUUAGAGGUCCAGUAUGAGUGUGUUCCCUAUAUUUUCAUUUGUCCUGGGACUCUGAAGGGUGUGGGAGCCGCCACCUUCCUGUUUGAAGCAGAGCAGCAAGCCGGGUCCUGGUGCAAAGACCCGCUGCAGGCUGGAGACAAAGUCUUCUUCAUGCCCUGGACGCCAUACCGCACCGACACCCUGAUCGAGUAUGCGUCCCUGGAGGACUUCAAAAAUGGUCGCCAGACGACCACCUAUAAACUGCCACACCGCGUAGACGGGACGGGUUUCGUGGCUUACGACGGGGCCAUCUUUUUUAACAAGGAACGCACUCGCAACAUUGUCAAGUUUGACUUGCGCACACGCAUCAAAAGUGGCGAGGCCAUCGUCAACAACGCCAACUAUCACGACACCUCACCUUACCGCUGGGGCGGCAAGACAGACAUUGACCUAGCGGUGGACGAGAGGGGCUUGUGGGUGAUCUAUGCCACGGAGCAGAACAAUGGGCGCAUUGUGAUCAGCCAGCUCAACCCGUACACACUUCGCUUCGAGGCCACGUGGGACACGGCAUAUGACAAGCGCUCCGCCUCCAACGCCUUCAUGGUGUGCGGCGUGCUACACGUGGUGCGCUCGACCUACGAAGAAAACGAGAGUGAGGCCAGCAGGAGCCAAAUCGAUUACAUCUACAACACCAAGCUGAACCACGGCGAGUACACUGACAUCCUCUUCCCGAACCAGUACCAGUACAUCACUGCUGUGGAUUACAACCCCAGGGACAACCAGCUCUACGUGUGGAAUAACUUUUACACCCUGCGCUAUGACCUGGACUUCGGGCCUCCAGAUCCCGCUGAAGGGCCAACCAUUGAAGAUUUCUCCAUUUCACCAUCCAUACCAAAGACCACCGCAAUUUUGACCACCACGGCCGUGUCCACUGCAAAGGGGCACGCAAACACCACAGUGACAGGGGCGGAUCCAAGAGAUGGGAGAGAUCCCUUUGAGGACACCCAUGGGACAAGUACAGCUAAGCCGACUGUACCAGAGCUGCUCCCGACACCCAGGCGCUUCUGUGAGGUGACAAGGAGGAGAGCAAUUGACUGGCCCCAGACCCACGCCGGAACCACUGUGGAGCGGCCCUGCCCCAAAGGGACGAGAGGCAUCGCCUCCUUCCUCUGCACCGUGGCAGGGACCUGGUGUUCCAAAGGACCAGACCUCAGCAACUGCACCUCCCACUGGGUUACUCAAGUGGCACAAAAGAUCCGAAGUGGUGAAAAUGCUGCUAAUUUAGCCAAUGAGCUGGCACGCCACACACAGGGCCCAGUGUUUGCCGGAGACGUCAGCUCCUCGGUGCGCCUGAUGGAGCAGCUCGUGGACAUCCUGGAUGCUCAGCUGCAGGAGCUCAGGCCCAGUGAGAAGGACUCAGCUGGACGCAGCUUCAACAAGCUUCAAAAAAGAGAGAAGACUUGCAGGGCAUACAUGAAGGCCAUUGUGGACACUGUUGACAACCUCCUGAGGCUGGAAGCUGUGAAAUCCUGGAAAGACAUGAAUUCGACAGAGCAAUCUCACGCAGCUACGAUGCUACUGGAUACCCUGGAGGAAGGGGCGUUUGUCCUUGCGGAAAACCUGAUCGAGCCAGCGAUCGUAAAAGUACCUGCAGAGAAUAUCAUGCUAGAAGUGUACGUGUUAAGUACAGAUGGCCAGGUGCAAGAUUUCAGGUUCCCGCAGACGAGCAAAGGUGGAGCUUCACUUCAACUUUCCUCCAACACUGUCAAAGUCAACAGCAAAAAUGGUGUGGCCAAGCUUGUGUUUGUGUUGUACAAGAAUCUGGGUCAAUUCCUCAGCACAGAGAAUGCCACGCUGAGGGGAAUGGGGGACCUGAACAAACGCAACCUUUCCCUCACUGUCAACUCCCACAUCCUUUCAGCCUCUAUCACCAAGGAGUCCAGCCGUGUGUUUGUGGCCGACCCAGUGAUCUUCACACUGGAGCACCUGGAUAAGGAGCACUACUACAACCCCAACUGUUCCUUCUGGAAUUAUUCUGAGCGGAGCAUGAUGGGAUACUGGUCCACUCAGGGCUGUAAACUGCUGGAAACCAACAAGAGCCACACCACUUGCUCCUGCAAUCACUUGACCAACUUUGCCAUCCUCAUGGCUCAUAGGGGGAAUGUGGGGGAAGGGAGUGUCCAUGAGCUUCUCCUUACUGUCAUCACACGGAUGGGUAUCGCUGUGUCUCUAGUCUGCCUCGCCAUCAGCCUCUUCACCUUCUGCUUCUUCCGAGGUCUGCAAAGUGACCGCAACACCAUUCACAAGAACCUCUGCCUCAACCUUUUCAUUGGCGAGCUUAUCUUCCUCGUGGGCAUCAACAUGACGGAACCAAAGCUGGUGUGCUCAAUCAUCGCUGGUGUUCUCCACUUCUGCUUCCUGGCUGUGUUCACUUGGAUGUGUCUGGAGGGUGUGCAGCUGUACCUCAUGCUGGUCGAGGUGUUUGAGAGCGAGUUCUCUCGCAGGAAGUAUUAUUACAUCUCCGGGUAUCUCACCCCAGCUGUGGUAGUGGGCAUCUCAGCAGCCAUCGACUACAGGAGCUACGGCACACAGCGGGCAUGCUGGCUGAGGGUUGAUAACCAUUUCAUCUGGAGCUUCAUUGGACCUGUAACCUUGAUAAUUGUGGUCAAUGUCAUCCUCCUGGUAGUGACCAUGUACAAGAUGGUGAAGCAUUCCACCUCCAUGAAACCCGACUCGUCCAGGCUGGGGGGUAUCAGGUCGUGGGUUUUGGGAGCGUUUGCUCUACUUUGUCUCAUGGGGCUCACGUGGUCCUUUGGCUUGAUCUUCCUCAAUGAAUCGUCCAUCGUGAUGGCGUACCUCUUCACCAUCUUCAACACUUUGCAGGGGAUGUUCAUCUUCAUCUUCCACUGUCUCCUCCAGAAAAAGGUUCGCAAAGAGUACAGCAAAUGUUUCCGUCAGUCCCAGUGCUGUGGCGCGCUGCCGUCUGAGGGAUCCCACAGUUCAGCCAAGGUGGCCACAUCUCGAUCCACGGCUCGCUAUUCGUCUGCUACGCAGAGCCGUAUCAGGCGGAUGUGGAACGACACUGUGAGGAAGCAGUCAGAGUCCUCCUUCAUCUCAGGAGAUAUAAACAGCACCUCCACACUCAACCAGGGGAUGACUGGCAACUACCUUCUAACUAACCCUCUCCUCCGAACCCACGACACUAACCCUUAUAACAACCUGCUGGCAGAAACGGUGGUGUGCAACACCCCCUCUCCACCGGCCUUUCACUCCCCAGGACAGCACUCUCUGAGCAACAGCAGGGACAUCAGUGCUAUGGACACCCUCCCCCUCAAUGGCAAUUUCAACAACAGCUACUCCCUGCGAGACGACGACUAUGAGGCUGUGGGUGUUCGAGCUGCAGGUGACCUUGGGGGCCUCAGCCUGGACGAUGCUGCGUUUGAGAAGAUGAUCAUAUCGGAGAUUGUCCACAACAACCUCAGGCCCCGCGGGGCCCCCAAAAGUCGUGAAGCUCAGAGAGAUAGAGCCUUGCCUCCCCAGACCAGGGUGACAGUGGACCGAGGCGGGGGCGGGAGUGGCAGCGAGGACGACGCCAUCGUGGCGGAUCACGCCGAGGCCUCGUCCCCCCAGAGAGGAAGUGGAAGAGGAGGCCAGACCACGAUGGAGCUGCUCUUGCACCCCCACCACAAGGAGGUGCUGGAGGCCCCACUCCUGCCCCAGAGGACUCACUCCCUGCUUUACAGCAAUCAGAAGGUCCCCAGGCGUGUGGAGGGGCAAGGCGGCCAUGGCUCUGAGACUGUUACCGCAGUGGAGGACAUGGGUUCCCAUUCACCCAACAAUAAUAGAGACUCCCUUUACACCAGCAUGCCAAACUUGAGAGACUCACCCUCGCCUUCAGCUUCCCCAUACCCCCCUGAGGAGGAGGAGGAGGAGGAGGAAGAAGAACUCUCCCUCUCACCUCAAAGUGAGAGCGAGGAGGCUUAUCAUAAAAGCAUGCCUGAGCUUGGUGAUGCACCACAGCCGCUGUCCUACUACCACAUAAACCGAGGCACCAGCGACGGGUGCAUCAUCUCACCCAACAAUGAAGACUGCGCACAGGAGGGAGAGGCUCCCACUGACGGACAAAUGCAGCUCAUUACCAGCCUCUGAGCCAGUCAUCUUUGUUUGCACAGGUUUUAACAGAUGGGGACUUUUGGUUGAGCCGGCAAGUCUGGCUCCACACUCGGCAUGCGCUUCCUGUCAGAACAGGAAGUGAAAUGUUGGAAAAAGGAAUGAAUAAAUGACUUUUGCACACAGAUCUCAUUAACACACGAAACACGUCCGUCCGAUGCCAGACAAAUGUGGACUGUGAAAGCUCUGCUGUUGGACUAAAAGAGGUGCAGAGAAUAACACGCUCCGCUCUGUCGCAGAUAAGUUUGUCUCAUUUCUGUUGUUCUGAAAGAAGAGUUGAAGAAUAAGGGAUUCAAAAAAAAACAAAAA